UGGUAACAGACAACACAUAGCCUGCAGGGACAGUGACGACACCUGGACGAUGUCUUAUCAGGGGUUCAUCAGCCGUCUUUCUCAAGAGGAACAUGACUUCUACGAGAUUAAAAACGCAGCUGCCGAGUUUUACCGGGUGAACAGAGUGCCCGAGGAGAUAGAGAGAGCUCUGAACGAGCUCUUCUUCAAUAAGCCCGAAGACCUUCACGGUUACCUGGCAAAUUACUUUACAAAGCUCUCUGCACCACCAAGGAUCAGCAGAGUGAAGGGGAGGGAGGUCCAUGAUGCAAAAGGACAACUAACAGUUGAGGCUGAGGUCUUCUGCAUUAUCUGCAAUAAGGAACAGAGCAUGUCAUCAGCUUCCAUCUCCAGCCACUUCGGGCCCAAGGAGACUUCACUUCAGAGUAAGGAAAGAGGUGACCAUGUGAUGACUGCUGUCCAGUGGAUCAACCAACCUUUGAACAAUCUUCUGAAGGACCAGAACCCCUGUGACCAAUCAAAAGUCGACCUUAUCCUCAGCGAUUUCUUCAUGGCCUGCUACCUGGAGGAGAAAAACCUCCGGAACAGAGAGAGAGAAGAGAGUCGUUCACCUGAGUCUGACGUGGUUCUUCCUUCUCCACCACCUGCACAGACUAAAGACAAGAAGGGUGUUGAUAAAGGCAAAAAGAGCAACACUGCAGAGAAGCCAUUUCAUCCACCAGAACCAGCAGAACCAGUGCUGCUCGGAAGCUUGGCCAUUGGCUCAGUGUCUCUGGCUCUGGCCAAAACCGGGGCACAGAUACAGGGCAUACCUCUAUACAAGUACAUAGCAGCUCUGCAGAACCAAGAGGCUCCAACACGGUUUCACAUCCCCCUCUCCUUGGUAACUUUGCUGAGCUGUGGGAAGACUUCUCCAGGAAAACUCAGCUUACUGGAGGAAGUCAUCCUCAUCCCUAAAGUCGGACAACGAAUCAAACAAGUACUCCACUCUUCAGCCGCUCUCUGUAUCAUCACAAUGACCCUUGAGUUACAGAAGGAGAUGAUGAGAAUAAUGAAUACUUCAACAAAAUCUGGGGCCGCUCAGGCCGUUCUGUGUGACCGCGGAGCUCCGGCCGUGAGCUACGAACGACCCGAGCAGCCUCUGGAUCUGAUCACUGAAGCCUGCAGUAACCUUGGACUGGCACUGGGAACAGAGAUCCAUCUGGCGUUAAACUGUGCUGCCCCUGAGUUAAUGGACUAUUCUAAAGGAAAGUAUGAAAUCGCAACAGGAGUUUUAAAGUCUCCCGAUGAACUAGUGGACAUGUAUCAAGCCCUCAUCAGCAAAUACCCAGCAGUGGUCGCCUUAAUCGAUCCAUUUAGGAGAGAGGACACAAACCAGUGGGAGAAGCUGAGCAAUGUGAUUGGAGACUCAUGUUCGCUGCUCUCUGACAUCACCUACAAGCCACAGGCUCCACCCCUACCAGGAGUCAGAGGUCACAUCCUAAAACACAUGAAUGAGACAACAGUCAGUGACCUGAUCCGCAUCACAUCAGAGCAACAAGGUGCAGUGUUAAUGGGAACAACAUGCAAUGAGCCCUGCAGUGAUGAGUCCCUGUCAGAUAUGGCUGUAGGCCUGGGCCUGGACUAUGUCAAACUGGGAGGUCUGAGUGGUGCUGAGAGGAUGACUAAAUACAACCAGCUGAUUUCUAUAGAGGAAGAACUGGCCCAACAGGGAAUGCUGGUCUCCAAGGAGAAGCACCCCCCUCCACUGUUCCCUGAAGAACCACAGGAGCAAUCCCCUGCUGCAGGGUGUACAGCCUGAACAAACACAGCUCACAUCUUCUGUUUGUAUGAAGAAAAUAUUAUUGAUUUCAACAAGACUUCAAAUGUGUGUCAGCGGCACCACAUCCUAUUUUACUGUCAUGAUUCAAUUCCGCUGUUAUCACUUACUUUCAGGUCAGGAUUUCUCUUCUUAAACCAACCGAGUUGAUUAUACAGAGAGUGCAUUAAUUUAGAGCUAACGUUCCGUUUGAUUUAAAAAUCGGAGGGAAAAAUCAAUAUGAAGCUAUUCAUAGAGAGGCUAAGUGGUUAAACACGACCUUCAAUAAAGCAGUUUGUAAAACCUGCAAACCUCUCGUCGCCACUUCACGUAUAUAGAAGCCAUAUUAUCAGGUGCCGUGCACUAGACGUCCUUAAACAAACACAGGUCUGCUUUCAGGUCACAAUCAUCUCGAAAAAAAAUAACAGCACUCAUGAGCCAUAACACAGCUGCUGAAAGCACUGAACAGCAACACGUGAGCCCUCAGUAUUCACACAGUAUAAACAGUGAGUGAUCCAUUUUCACCUGAUCACUCAUGUUUACUUCAUGUUUUUUUUAAUUUUUUUAUCAGUAACUUUGUAUUUCUUGGUGAGACAAAUUUCUUGCCAAAAAAAGACAAAUAUUCAGCUUUCAGAUUCAGAUUUGUAGAUGGAGGUAGAGAAAAACACUUUUAUUUGCACAGCAACGCUGUGUCAGCCAUCUUGAAAAAUCCUCAGAAACAGCAUCUAGAUCAGUGGUUCUUCUUUCACUUGCAAACCCUUAAAACAAAGCUUUGUCUGCUUGGGAUCCUUUGUCAAAGUUUGCAUGUCAGUGGUAUUUUAUUUAUGAUUGCAGAGUAAACUUGUCCACUUCAAAUAAAAAAAGUUUAAAAAAAGAA